AUACCCGACACCGUAUUAAGGGUACUGAUUAUAUAUUAUCUUCAGCCGACUUAAAAUAUCGGCCAGUGCUCUUGAAGUUUCUAAAAGUGUAUCAUUGUAAAAGUGUUUUAUAUAAAGUGAAGAAUGGGCGAGGUAUUGAACAAAGAUGCACUGCAUUCUUGGAUUCAGCGUGCGAUAGGUACAGAAAACUUCAAUUUUACUGUGGAAAACACCACCCAAAAAGGAGAGGGUUACGUAGGGGACUUAUUUUUCGUUAAAAUUGAUUUACAACAACCGAUUAACGGACUCAACGUUCUUUAUCUGGUCGUAAAAACCAACAAGAGGGAUCCUGGAUCGAUUCGUCUCAUGCAGGAUUUUUGCAAGAGAGAAGUAUUCUUUUACGGCACAGUUUUUAAAGAAUACCAGGAAUUUCUAAAUAACAAGAAGCUUCCAGUUCUUUUAGACAUGGUACCCAAAUGUUAUAAAACUUUUUCAGAAAAUGGCAAUGAGGUUAUUAUUUUAGAAAAUUUAAAGAAAGGGGGUUUUAUGCUACAUGCAAGAGAAGAGCCCAUGAAUAUUGCUCAUCUGAAAAUGGGCUUAAAAUCUUAUGCAAAGUUACAUGCCAUGUCUUUAGCUCUGAAAGACCAAAAGAGAGAAAUUUUUGAAAAUAUGUCAAAGACCUGUACUUCCUUAGUGAAUCAGCUGUUUUCAACGUCUAAAAAAGUGUUUAAUACAAAGACACCCAUGUUAGUAGAAACUCUAAAAGAAGCUGGUCGACCUGAUUUGUCGAUCUUGUUUAAUAAGUACAUACAUGACAAAAGUAUGUAUACUAGAUUUAUGGAAAUAGGUAAUACUAUUUCUAAAGAUCAAGCAAUAGUACAUGGUGAUUGUCACAACGGGAAUAUGAUGUUUCAAUAUAAGGAUGACGAUAAAUCUGUUCCACUUCGCAUGGUUUUGAUAGAUUUCCAAGCGUCUUUUAUUCAUUCACCAGUACUCGAUCUCUCCUAUUUUCUAUGGAUGAAUUUAUCACCAACUGAAGCUCCGAAAAUAAAAGAUUUUGUGGAGUAUUACUAUACUGAGUUUUGCUCAUAUCUAAAACAAUUAGGUAGUGACGCUGACACAGUAUUUCCGAGAAGCAUUUUUGAAGAACAUUUAAAAAAAUAUCUACCAUAUGGAUUUCUUUUGAUACUAGCAUUAUUAGAAAUAUUUUAUCUUGAAAAUGAAGAUACACCGGCUUUCCUUGAUGAAACCAACUCUUUCUUUGGAGGUUUGUCGAAUGACCUAAAAUUAAAAUCACGGGACCAAUAUUUGAAACGGCUGGUGGCACUAGUGGAUACCUUUUUCAAUGGUCCAUAUGCGUAAACACAAAAUUAUCCUGGCUUUUAUGGUAAUGUCGACUACUAAUGUACAUAUAUAUUUGUAACAGUACUUUUGAAUAAAGUAAUAAUUUAUUGCG